AUGGGGACAGUUGUGAGUAAAGCUGCAAAUGGGAUUGGAGGAGUACUUGGAAACGUGUUAGCAGCUCCAUUUAAGAGCGUUUUUGGUGGAUCAUGCGAGGGCAUUUGUUCGGGGCCAUGGGAUGCAAUUUGCUUUAUUGAGCAUCUAUGUGUCUCCAAUCUGGUGAAGCUAUUGAUGAUUUUGGGCCUUUGUUUCAUAAUUUUGAUGUUCCUGUACCUAUUACUCAAGUUGGGGAUAUGCCAGUGCGUCAUAAGGAGCCUUUGCAAGAUAUGCUGGGCAGGUUGUGAAACAUACUGGUUUGCAUUAGAAGAUGUUACCUGUUUCUUGUGGCACAAGCUUAAGAACACAAAACGAGUAAAUCGCUACCACCGUCGUCGUCGUCGUUUUCGAGACAUUGAAGUAGGGUUUAGUUCAAGCAGUGAAAGUGAUUAUUCAGAUAAUUAUCAUCACCACCACCACCCAAGUUUCUCCAAAAGGAAGAACACAGAUAGAAAUAGGCAAAGACUGCAGAGCAAUCACCCUCAUAACCGUCAUGUAAAGUUGAAGAAUAGUGAAGUUUCAGUUCAUCUAAGGGCCAGUUCCAGGAGGCUAAGAAGUUCUCGACGCCUUCAAUUAAUUAAAGGCAGAAAACCACAAAAAGAGGUCAACAUAUAUAAGAGGAGGAGGAUGGGGUGA